ACUCGAGACACCAUCGACUGACGCCGCCUCGCUCACGAACGACUGAAAUGUCCCUAUUUUCCUAAAUAACUUUCCUUUGCACACUAACGAUACCACCUGGCCGCUCUUGUCUCCGAGCCGAUCACACGGAACUGCUUUCCGCCAGCCUCGAGCGUUAACGAUGUCGGAAGAACGGUCCAAGGUAUCGCUGAGGAGCGGAGGCAAUAGGAAGAACCGCCCAGCUAUCAGCGCUCCUCGACAAAUAACCGGUCCUAUAAUCCAAGACGGCGCGGCACCCCGACCGCCUGCCGGUCGCUUUCCUGAAGAUGCGCCUCGGCCUCGACCCCGGCCCCCGCCUCAGAACAAUGGGAAGACCUCAGAUUUGGUGAAGCGUCGAUACUCGACUCGGUUCAACAACCUCCCAACCGAUUUCGACCCAACGGCCCCUCCGAUGCCCAAUCUCCCCAGCCUCGACAAGUACGAGCAGUCCCAAAAUCGGCUUCCACCGCCAUCGAGAGGUGGCGGGAGGGAAGCUCCCCAGCUGGAUGUGAGAGCGCUUCGGAAUCCGCAGCUAGUUGCAGAGCAAUACGUUGCUGAAAUCCUCAGCGAGGCCACUGAAGACGAGAUUCGAGAAUUUGAAAUCACCUUAAGAAAGCUUAAGAGCAGAGCGUCAGCAGAUCUCCAGCAGAAUGUCUACCAGAACCGUACCCAGUUCAUCAAGAUCAGCAAGGAGGCCGAGAAGCUCAAGAGUGAAAUGCGGUCCCUCAAGAACCUCAUGUCGGAGCUCAAGGCAAACACAACUGCCCUCCGGUCUGCUUCAGGCAACAGUCCUGAGCAGGUUUCGGGCUUUGGCGGCGAGUUCUCUACAGGUCUCAGUAAGAGGGACAAACGAAGUUCCGUCGCCGAUCGAACCGCGCUCUGGAGUUCUCAGAUGCAGGCUCUUUACAAGAAUGUUGAAGGAUCUCAGAAGUUUCUCCCGAACUCGCAGGGCCGCCAUGUCCUCCAGAAUGCUGGCCCCUGGAUCGAGCUUGAUAAUGCGACGUACAAGUCGAGGAGAUCAAUGCAGAUUUUCCUGCUAAACGACCAUCUUUUGGUCGCCUCUCGUAAAAAGCGGAAGAUGGAUGGGCCAAACGUCUCGGACGCUCGUGGACCUAUGACAAAGCUCGUCGCCGAUCGUUGCUGGCACCUCUUGGACAUCGAGGUUGUCGACAUGGCGGGGACAAGCGAGUCGUCGGGCGGCAGGAACAAGCUUGCCGACGCCAUUAUGGUCAGGGGAGGUGGCCAGAAUGAAUCCUUCAUAUACAGAACCGAGAGACCUGAGGAUUCGGAGAAAUCCGCCCUUAUUCUGAAUAUCCGAAAAACAGUAGAGGAAUUGCGCAGAAAUCUGCAGUCGGAGCGCGAAGCUACGAACAAAGCCAAGGAAACCAUCAACUACUUUGCGUCGCGCGACCCCGGUCUUCUUGAGAAGACGGAACUUCUCGAGACGCUCUCGGAUAUCAAGGACAUGCUCAUCGAGGUCGACGGAAAGCAGCAGAACCUCCGCUGGGUAGAGAGCCAGAUGGACGAGUUGGAUAUCAACAUUGCUCUCCAGGAAAUCGAACCGGCCGUCGCUCGGGUCGAAAAGUUGAAGGGCCUGGCUUUUGGGCUGAAGAACAACGUAAUUGCGCAAGACUUCAUCUCGUUCAAGGUGGACGAGAGAUGCACGAAACUGGCAUCGCUAGUCGUUCGCGAUUUGAUCAGUAGUCACAAUGACCAGAGAAAGAUGAAGCGCAACGUGAAUUGGUUGACCCGCCUGGGCUUCGAAGACCGGGCCCGGGAAGCAUAUUUGAAAGCCCGGAGCGAAAUCAUCAAGAAGCGAACCAGGCAAUGCAUAUUCCAAGGAGAUCUCCACCUGUAUAUCUGGGAGAUCUCGUUUGUCUACUUCACCAUUAUCCACAAUACGGUGAACUGCUUCCAAGCAUGCUUCCCGCCGCCCAUGAUGAGCGCGUGUGUGAAGUGGGCCAAAGAAGAAGUCGAUGCGUUCAAUGUCAUUCUGGCUCGGCAGCUGAGCAGCGCUGAAGAAGGCGGGGAGGUGUGGACACAGUGCAUGAACAGGGCCAAGGAGCAUGCCCAGAUGCUCUCUGACGUCGGCAUCGAUUUCCGCAACCUUGUUGGCCAGAACGUGCAGAAGACAGCCGCGACGGCAGAUGCCUCCCCGGUCGGAUUGGGCCUAUCCUGAGUGUUGUUGGCUACCUAUCUCGAGAUUUAGGAAAUCGAGGUGAGGGGUCGUAAAGGCGUCGAGUAGUCCAUGGUAUCUAAGAGAUGUGAGAUGCAAUGGGCUAGUGCUGAGCUGGCGAUUUAUUUUUGGUGGCACGUUUGCUGUAUGGUCUCUGAAUAGGUUGUUGAUUGGGAUCUGGUAGUAUAAUAUUGGUUUAUUUUUUUUAUUCUACGUUUUGCGAGCUCCCGCCGUGAAUAGGGGCAUGAUUAUCGUCUUCAGGAAUGAACGGGUAUGGAGACACACGAAUUACAUACCUUCCAGACUCGAUCAAGGCAAGGAAUGGUCAGGUAAUGUGGUUCACUACGCAAAUAGGAGGAGGCGCCUGGGCCACAUUUUGCCCCCCACCCCGCUCUCUCAGCUCUGGCGCCUUGCGUUUAGCGUGGGGAUUGGGCGGCCAGACAGACAGAUG